AUGAGAAACCACCAUUUCCUUCUCGUAUGUUUCCCUGUUUUAGGCCACAUAAACCCUUCUCUUCAACUUGCCCACAGACUCAUAUCCCUCGGUGCCCACGUCACCUUCGCCACCACCAUCGUUGCCAAUCGUCGUUACCACAAAACCCACCACGAUUUUACCACACCAGGCUUGUCUUUCGCCACUUUCUCCGAUGGCUUCGACGACGAAACCCUCAAGCUGAGCGCCGACUUUGCCCACUACCUUUCCGAGCUAACCCGUUGCGGCUCCCACUCUCUCAUCAAUCUCAUCACCUCCUCGGCAAACCACGGUCGUCCGAUUACUUUUCUCAUAUACAGCCUCAUGUUCAAUUGGGCAGCCGAUGUUGCUUCCAUAUUUGACAUCCCCUCCGCUCUCUUCUUCGUUCAGCCUGCCACGCUUCUAGCUUUGUACUAUUACUACUUCGUGGAUGGCUAUGAAGAUACCAUCUCCACCAAAUUACUCCAACAAGACCCCUCCUUUUCUCUACAAUUAUCGGGUUUGCCAUUGCUCGCUAGUCGGGAUAUGCCUUCUUUAUUAUCUCCUUCCAACCCCAACGCUUUUCUUAUCCCUCCAAUGAGACAGCAGUUUGAGUUUCUUAGGCGACAGAUUCGGCCGAAGGUGCUGGUGAACACGUUCUACGCAUUGGAAAGAGAGGCCUUGGGAGCCAUUGAUGAUAAGUUGAAAAUGGUGCCAAUUGGACCCUUGAUUCCAUAUGAUGAUCUUUGUCGUUCUCCAAUCUCGUCGGAGGAUUAUUAUAUCCAAUGGUUGAACUCCAAGGCAAAUUCGUCGGUGAUUUACAUAUCUUUUGGGUCUAUUUGCGUGUUGUCUGAUACGCAAGAGGAAGAGAUUGUUGGUGCUUUGUUGGAGAGUGGGCACACAUUCUUGUGGGUAAUAAGAUCAAUGGAUGAUGAGGAGGAGAGGAUGAAGAAAUUGGGGGGGAGAGGGAAGAUUGUGAGGUGGUGUGAUCAAGUUCAGGUCUUGAGCCACCCUUCGUUGGGUUGUUUUGUGACGCAUUGCGGUUGGAAUUCGACGAUAGAAAGCUUGGUUUAUGGGGUGCCAGUGGUUGGUUUUCCGCUGCAGAUAGAACAAGCCACGAAUGUGAAGCUUGUGGAGGAUGUGUGGAGGACGGGAGUAAGGGUGAAGGCCAAUGCAGAAGGGAUUGUGGAGAGGGGAGAAAUUAGGCGUUGUUUGGAUAUUGUGAUGGGGGAUACAGAUGUAAAAAAGAGAGAAGAAAUAAAGGGAAAUGUCAAAAAGUGGAAAGAAUUGGCUAGGGAGGCUAUUGGGGAAGGUGGGUCUUCAUAUUUGAAUCUUGAGUCUUUUGUUAGGGAGAUUGAUGAAGAUAGCUAUUAA